AUGGGGCGCUCCUCCAUCCCUCCCGCGCUCCUCGAGCUCUCAAGCCCGACCACGCCAGAGAAUCAGGUGAAUGCGCUGCGGGACCUGAAGAAUGAGAUUGUUGGACAUGAUCAGAGGAAAGAGGUGGCGGUUAAACAUGGCGUCGUUAAGCCAUUGUCGGGGAUACUGAGGACAGAGGGGAGGAGAGGGGGAAAGAAGAGGAGAAGUGCUGGGGUAGUAAAUGGAGGAGGGGGGAGUCUAGGGCGGGACGGUGGAGUGGGCCUGGGGCCUAGGGCAUUUCUGGAGUGGACGAUUGAGGAUGAGAUGAGAUUCCAGGCUACGCUUGUGCUGGGGAGUUUGGCAAAUGGUGGCCCGGCUUUGGUCUCUCCGCUGCUCGCUGGCAACAUUUUCCCCGCGCUACUUGAGGCUCUGAUGCCCUGCGAAGUUCCCUCCAAGCUUGUGCUAGCUACAUUACGAACGCUUGAACAAAUCGCCGAUGCGGUUGCCCAGGAGAAGCCAGCAGAUGCAUCAGAUGGGCCUCUGCGGACUUCCCUUUCAAGCUCGAUUUCGGAGCAGCUCUACACGAAACCAGUCAUGGACAGCUUCGCAGAGAUACUCGCACAAACCUCGCAGUCAUCUUCGGCACAGCAACAGAUCUGGUUCGUCUCAAAGUUGAUAAUAAAAACAUGUCACGAAGAGCAUCAGCGGAAGAUGUUGCUGGAAGCAGGCAUUCUAGACCUCUUAGCGGGGAAGCUCGCCGCCAUGGCUUCGGUGGAGGCACAGUCCUUGAGGAACGAGCCCAGAAAUCCGACUCGAGAUGAGCUGCCUACCAUGUACCUCGCCGACAUCCUAGAAGCCAUCGCGGCCAUUAUCCAGGGUUCUCACUACAACACAGCGCGAUUCCUAUACUCUCAGCCCAUUCAGCAACAAUUUGGAUCGCCAAAGGAGAGCACCACCGAAUACAAUGGAUACUCUACUUCACCGCGUGCAACGCCAUGGGAGAGACUGAUACCUCGCUUGCAGACAAUGCAAAACAAAUCCGAUGCGUACACAAAAUCAUGGCCAGCUCUUGGGUCUUACACUUCAACAAGCACUAGCGACAGCUAUACCCGAUUACCAAGCAUGGAGUCGCUGCAGCCAACAAGCCGAACUGUCAUCACAGAUGAAUCAGAGAACCCCCUUUUUAUAUGGCUCAUGUUCGCCGCCCGUCGAGGGGAGGGGAGGGCUAGACUGGCAGCCUGUUGGCUUCUGGCGCUAUUGAAGAAGUUUGGCGAGAGAUGGCCGCUCAACGAUCCGUCCAAGAUUACACGGGAACGACACUUCGCAUACUUGAUCAUGCCAUUGGUUGUGAAGAUGAUCGAGGGGGCUCAUGCAGGAUUCAAUCAAAGUAAGAAGAACGGCUCAUUGAGCCCGCAGGAAAAGCAGGAGGCCAAGUACAUAUUGGAGCGUGCACCGCUGGUCCUAGCUGAGCUGGUCUCUGGCAACAAGACGCUACAGAAUGCGGCCGUCGACGCAAAGAUUCUUCCACAAUUGUGUCAGAUUCUGAAGAAGUCGUUCGAUCCAAUUACGACGACAUCUAAGCCAUUAUGGUCAGCCAGGUCAUCCGCUCUGCAGCCAGCCGACCCGAUGAUCGACCUAGCUUCAUCGACGCUAGGCAGACCAGGCCUGAGUCCUGAGAUCCUCCACACCUUUCGGUAUCGAGAGAGUGCGUUGCUAGCAUUAGCAGCCAUGGCGGACACUCAAGACGGACUAAGAAAACUCAUCAUUGAAAUCGGAACGGUUGCUCACAUUGUAGAUUCAUUGAUACCUUACUCAGAUGCCGCAUGUCGUCUUUCUCGGCCUCCAGGCUCGACAACUGCGAAGGACGGAAGCCCUAUACCCGUCCUCAUUGCGGCGUGUAAAGUUACGAGAUCGCUGUCAAGGUCCGUAAGUGUGCUUAGGACAAGUCUAAUUGACAAUGGGCUUGCGGCUCCUAUGCAGGAACUCUUAACACAUCCGGAUGUCGAAGUGCAGAUUGCAGCAACGGAUGUUAUCACAAAUUUGGUACUGGAGGUGUCUCCAGUCCGCCAGGUUAGUGGCAUGGAGUCCCUUCGACUUAUUUCUCCCUCGCCUAUUCGAUUUUCCUUCGAAAGGGUUUGGCGAAUCGAUUUAAUUGACGAUACUCCGGCGAACCCAAGGUUGUCAGGCGCUAACAAAGUGGCACAGGAAAUUAUCGAUGCGGGAGCUCUGAGGACACUAUGCGAGCAUUGCCGUUCUGCGAACUUUGAACUCCGUUAUGGUAGUCUUUGGGCCCUGAAACACGCUAUCCUCAAGCUCAGCUAUUCUAUGAAAGCGCAAUGCCUGGAUGAGCUCGGUGUUGGAUGGCUUGUGCAGACUCUUAAUGGGGAACCAGCAAAGACGUCUAUGUCUACACCUCUCGGGAUGGGCACACCAAAUGCGGCUGGAGAACAAGUCGAUAUUCUCAACGCCGUCGAUAACCCUAACAUGGAUGUUGACGAAGACACAUCGGAGGAGGACGACGAAGAUACAAUGACAGACAGCAUUCCCUCAAUGCGUCGUCACCACCGCCCUGGAUCUCGCUACACAAGCGCAACCAACAUCCGCGACCGUCUCCAGCAGAUCAAAAACGACGAACAGGACCUCCGUCUUAGCUCAGAGCGGGACGACAUCCGCAUGCAAGAACAAGCCCUUGAUUUCAUCCGCAACUUCAUCAAUGAAGACAAAGCCUCUGGCGAGAUGAUCGACCACCUGCUCAAAUCUUUCGGCCACAGCCGCUUCUUCGAACUCCUCGACGCUAAAAUCCGCCCCAAAGGCUCCUCCACAGCAAACCCACCCCAACCGAACGCUCCGAGCUACUGGAACACCGGCACCCAACGCACCCCCUUCGGCGCCACCUCAUCCUCAACUCCAAACCCCUCCCUUGUCCUCUCCCAGCCCGUAAACUGGCCCUCCUACCCCCCAACCGAACUCCUGAUCGCCACCCUCUACAUCCUCGUGCACCUCGCCAAUGGCCGCCCACAACACCGCUCCCUGCUCAUCUCCCAAACCACACUCAUGUCCCACAUCCUCCCGCUACUGACACAUCCUCGCCGCGAUGUCCGUCUCGCAUGUGCCUGGUUCAUUCUCAAUCUCACCUGGAUUGAAGACAACGGCGAUUUCAGCGCGAGUCGCGAACGUGCGCUAAGUCUACGGCAAUUAGGCUUUGAUGAGGGUGUUAAAUUGCUGGGGAGGGAUGCCGAUCAGGAUAUUAGGGAGAGGGCAAAGGCAGGGAUUGAUCAGUUGAAUAAGUUGCUCGGAGAGGACGGAGGCGGAGGGAGAGGUGGAAGCGCGAGCGUCGCGUAUGGUAGUCCUGCGAUUGGAGGAGGGGGAUUUGGGGGAGAUGGGAGUGGGGGGCAUGGAUGGCGUAUCGGAUUGGUCUUGCGUCGAUCUCUACACAUUCUAUCUGCACUGCUUUGGAACGAAUAUUCUGGAAGGGAAAUUCUUGCGUUCUGUACGGAUCUCUGGUUCUGGGUUGUAAGAAUCACAGUAAACAUGACAUCUUUAACACACAAGAAAACGUCAAACAUCAAACCAACCCCUUCCAUUCAGGACCACACGUCUAGCAUAGGUAGGAGAGUAGUAGGAGAGAAAAACGGCAUCGUUUGCAUGCAAGAUUGA